CACACUUGCACACUCACAGUCUACCCAUCAUGGAGGCAAUCGCUCAGUCUUUCACAGACUACUACUACACCACCUUUGACUCCAACAGGGCAGGGCUAGCUCCUCUCUACCGAGCCAACUCCAUGCUCACCUUCGAGGGAACACAGCUCCAAGGGGUAGAGGCAAUCGUAGAGAAGCUCUCCUCUCUACCAUUCCAAAAGGUGGAGCACAAGGUAUCCACUAGGGACUGUCAGCCCACUGGAGACGGCAACUCAUUGGUAGUCAUUGUCACUGGAGCACUCAUGGUAGACGACUCGCCUGCCCCCCUGAAUUUCAGUCAGACAUUCGUGCUCAACCCAGAGGGAGGAUCUUACUACGUCUUCAAUGACCUCUUCAGGCUCAACUACGGCUAAAUCAAAAGGUAUUACUGGUUGUGCGCCGAGGGAAAGCAGAGAUGUGGGAAAGGCUCCCGCGUAGAGAAACAACAGCUGGAUAUGCUUGACUUUGUCUGCAAACAAGCUGAUCAGCUGCGAGGGAACAAGGCUGUGUGAGGUGAUAUCUUCCUGCAGCUUCCUUCCUCUAUCUCCUCAACUUCAGAGACCAUCAAAUGCCUCGCUGCGACUGCUAUACUUCAAUCACUAUCGUCAUACAGAUCCAUGUGCACUUGCUCAUCUGUCACCUAGCUUGCAUUCGGCAGGGAUAUGUUGCCCUAGCUGAGAACAAGGGCGCCUUGAGUCGUACAGGUUCAGACAUUGUCUUGCUCACAGCUUUCCUUCCUUGCC